AUGACUCUGGAAAGAUAUCUUGCUGUGGUGUACCCAUUUUUUCACGAGAAUUCCGUGACAAAAUCAAGAUUGUUAGCUAUUUUUGUGCUAAUGCAAUUGCCAUUUGGAGUUCCCUAUUUUGCGCUUCUAAACCGAACCUUAGAGACGUACAUAGAAGCGUGUUUACUUGCCCUCAUCACAGCGGUGUUCUCCGUGAUGUAUUUUCUUAACUACAAAAUAUUUUCCACGGUGGAAAGAUUAAGAAAACGCGUGGCCAUAACUCUGGGAACUUUUGAUUCUGAGGAGGAAAAUAUUAAAGUCAAGAAACAUAACUUUUCUCUGGGCAAA